AUUUCGUAUCGCCGGUAGUUGGAUUUCUCGGAAGCGCCAGAAAGCUUUCUGGACUUUGUGAGUUGCUUUCGAGAGACAAAGACUGUUUACGUUUUAACGAACCGCGUGUUGAGAGAAACCGCAUCAGACUUGAAGCUUUAGCAACUUGCUGUUCCUCGAUCAUCUGAGACUUUACAUUGAUAAGCAGCAUGGCUGAACCAGAUCCAAUAAUUACUUGCCCUUACGAUCCGGUCCAUCGUAUCCGUAAGAGCAGAAUGCAGGUUCACCUUGUGAAAUGUAGGAAGAAUCAUCUCGGGCUCCCAAAAGUCAAUUGUCCCUACAAUGCAACGCAUAUUAUAAAUCAGGUAGAAUAUAAGUAUCAUCUCUCUGUAUGCGACAGUGCCGGAAGCGUGGUAGAGCAUUUGUGUCCCGUUGGGCAUCAAAAUCAAAUAUCAAUAGUUCCUGUCGAGGAAGUACAAAACAUAGUUCUUCCUCCUUCCAGUGAAGAUUGGGAUCAGGAACCACCUCCAAGGUCAACAUAUGAUGCCGAAGCGGCAGCUGCUGAAAGAAACGUCCUUCGCUCGUUGUCCGUUGCUUCAAAAUCCGAAAAGAAAAGUUUCAAAAAAAAGGAGCGAGAACGUCUACGAGUGUUUCAAGAUCAAGGAUUACCUCCUCCUCGACGAGAACAGCAAUUGGUUGAGGAGGAUACGCCGCUUCGUCUCCCGCAUUCUCUGCCAGCAAAUCUGCAAACCAGGAUGGGGCAAUUGUCGAUUCACGAACCUCUACACUUGGAUAUUAGCAAGCUUAUGAUUAGUAACAAUGGUCAGCGUGAUCAAGAAAAUACAGAGCCUCUGGAAAAUGUAACUGUAGUUCAGCCGAUUCCAGCUAUCACAACUAAUGGUCACGAGUUGGCCGAGUCUGAUGCUGACGUUAUUUCAGAUUAUCGUGAGAGAAAUGCUGAAACUGGCAAUAAGUCGCAUAAAGAAGAAGAGGAGCAACAAAGCCCGACACAAAAUGGGCCGCAGAUUAACUCUGGCUACCCUCUAAACGCAAGACACGCAAACUCACGGACUUCUGAAUCGGACAAUUUUGCCAAAGCUUCUCCUUCAGAUUCAGACAAACAGUCCUUGGAAGAAGCCAGUGGCAAAGUCAAUAGUAAACCCGACUCCGAUUAUUCAAAUGCAGAAAGCAGUGGAGCAUCAAACGCCGAAGGUUCUACAGUCGAUCCCGGCCAACUGCUUACCGAGAUCAAUUUAGAGAUGGCCUCGCUAAGCGAACUGGAAGAUUAUUAUGCCCAAAGAAGAGCCAACCUGGAAAGCCGAAUAGCAAAGUACAAGAAGCUCACCGCUUCCAAAAGUGAGACAACCAAAGAAAACGGAGUUAGUGCAGACGAAGUAAACGCGAGUACGUCAAGUGCCGACCGUAAUCCAAGAUGCGCCGCACAAUUUGCUGACAUGGCCAAAAAAACUGGGGCGAUACCAAAAGUCCCCAGAGGCCGAGGCUUUUCGAUGGCUUUCUUUCGACCUAACGAUCAUCUGCCAGGUGGCUUGACCGAACGACCUCGCGAGGCGGUCAAUGGUUCAAAAUACAUCUCGGCAGAUGGUAAAAAGAAAACGCGACCAAAUAUUGAUAGUGAGUUUCCCGAUAACGAUGACGAGAAAGAUUGCAACCGACUGGAUGACGACGAUGAUUAUCACAACGAUCGUAAGUGCAAGUGAGAUUUUGGAUCCUAUCCUGUUGAGCCAGAAUCCGCAAAGAAAGUGUUACGUUCCAUUAUACCUUAUUUUAUGAAUACAUUAAUAUAAGUUUUAGUUUUUAAUCGGUCGUCAUGGAUCAAAGCCGUAUAGAUCUAGGAGGUAAACUUAAAAAAGAGGAACACUAUCAUUUCAGGCCCCAAAAGAUCACUGUAAUCGUAUUCUUCUUCUGCGAAUCGUGUUUCAAUUCCACAAUGACAUCAAUUAACGUAGCUAGUUGCAGGUACUUCACAUAUAUUUUUCUAAGUAACGGGUGUCCACUUAAUGAUGGUUCUUAUUUGACAUAUGUUCAAGUUCGCUCCCAUGCAGUUCCAUAAUGAAAGAUUAAUUAUUGAGAUGUUAUUAUUAAGCUACAAUUUUAUAUAAUAUAAAAGUUUACAAUGUUGUAAUAAAAUUCUUUAUGACAAA